GAGGGAGGGGUUCAGGAUAUACUGUCCGUCCACGGGGGCCUGCACACGGCAUUUCUGCUAACUUAGCAGACUGAGUGUGCGUCUGGUUGAAACCUGCUGGUCGAGUCGUUAUUGUUAUGCCUCUAUGGAGCAGGAACGAGGAUGCAGGCUGAGGACACCUGAGGAAAACUCAGAUCAGCAUGAACCUAAGGAGAAGUGAGAGCACGGCGAGUUAAGUCAGCGUCCUCCGUCCUUCCGCACCGCCAUGCCUGCGUUGGAGGUGAUCUGCAGCCUGAUUGGCUGGCUGUGUCUCUACCUGUUGUUCUGCUUCGCCUUCUCUCAGCGAGGGCCCGAGUGGAACUGUCGCCUGGUCACUUUGACCCACGGGGUCCUCAUAGUGCUGCUGACGGCGUACGUCGUGUUUGUCGACGGUCCCUGGCCCUUCACACAUGCAGGCACAGAAAACACCGAGCUCCAGGUAUUCGCCUUGGCCGUCUGCCUCGGCUACUUCUUCUUCGACAUGGGUUGGUGCGUGUGCUACCGGAGCGAGGGCCCCGUCAUGCUGGCGCACCACGCCGCCAGCAUCUCCGGCAUCCUCCUGGCGCUGCUGAUGGGCGUGUCGGGCUGCGAAACCUGCGGCGUCAUCUUUGGCAGCGAGCUCACCAACCCCCUGCUGCAGACGCGCUGGUUCCUCCGCCGGCUGGGCCUCUACGACAGCCUGCUGGGAGACGCCGUGGACCUGCUCUUCAUCCUGCUGUUCGCCACGGUGCGCGUCGGCGUGGGGACGGUCAUGUUCUACUGCGAGCUCACCUCGCCCAGGACGUUGCUGAUAAUGAAGCUCGGCGGCGUGGUCAUGUACCUGCUGGCCUGGGUGUUCAUGGUGGACAUAGCCAGGUUCGGCUACAAGAAAAGCAAGGCCAAGUACAGGAAGUGGAUGGACAACCACAAGCUGGCAGGCGCCAACGAAGAAAAAACGGUUGGACUUACGAACAAAAGGGACUGAGAAGCUAAAAGACUGUGAGAUUAUAUAAUUCAGGUUUUCUCUGUGGAUUUACGACCAGUAGUAGUUUCCCCGCCUGUAGUACAGGGGUCUCCAUCUCCAGUACUUGACCCCCUCUGCAGGUUUUAUAGAAGCGUUGCUGCACUGACAGACCUGAACCAAAAGGCCGAAGCACCUCAGCUGCUUGUCGUCGACUCCACCAGACGGGUGAUAAUUCAUUUAAGUUGGCGAACACAGAGGCCUUCAAGAACAUACGGAAGAGGAUUAGGGCCACUCAAAAAAAAAAAAA